GCUCAGCCGGAGCCAUGGCAUCGCAGCUGGAAGGGGCCAUGGAGACUCUCAUCAACGUCUUCCACCACUACUCGGGCAAAGAGGGGGAUAAGUACAAGCUGAGCAAGAAGGAGCUGAAGGAGCUGCUGCAGAGCGAGCUGGGCUGCUUCCUGGAGACCCAGAAGGACACGGGGGCUGUGGAGAAGAUCAUGCAGGAUCUGGACGAGAACGGCGACGGGGAGGUGGACUUCCAGGAGUACGUGGUUCUGGUGGCCGCCCUCACCGUGGCCUGCAACACUUUCUUCUGGGAGAACGCCUGA